AUGAGCAUCCACACAGGCGCUGGUGCCUACUCGUGUGAAUGCUGUUCAGUAUCAUUUCAUUCUGCUUCAAUUUUAAAUGACCAUUUGAAAAUCCAUGAUGGUGAAAAACCUUACGUAUGUGACAUUUGCUCAAAGACAUUUUCUCAUUCUUCUAACUUCAAGAAACAUAUGAGCAUCCACACAGGCGCUGGUGCCUACUCGUGUGAAUGCUGUUUAGAAACAUUUCAUUCUGCUUCAAUUUUAAAUGACCAUUUGAAAAUCCAUGCUGGUGAAAAUCCUUACGCGUGUGACAUUUGCUCAAAGACAUUUUCUCAUUCUUCUAACUUCAAGAAACAUAUGAGCAUCCACACAGGCGCUGGUGCCUACUCGUGUGAAUGCUGUUCAGAAUCAUUUCAUUCUGCUUCAAUUUUAAAUGACCAUUUGAAAAUCCAUGCUGGUGAAAAACCUUACGCGUGUGACAUUUGCUCAAAGACAUUUUCUCAUUCUUCUAACUUCAAGAAACAUAUGAGCAUCCACACAGGCGCUGGUGCCUACUCGUGUGAAUGCUGUUCAGAAACAUUUCAUUCUGCUUCAAUUUUAAAUGACCAUUUGAAAAUCCAUGCUGGUGAAAAACCUUACGCAUGUGACAUUUGCUCAAAGACAUUUUCUCAUUCUUCUAACUUCAAGAAACAUAUGAGCAUCCACACAGGCGCUGGUGCCUACUCGUGUGAAUGCUGUUCAGAAUCAUUUCAUUCUGCUUCAAUUUUAAAUGACCAUUUGAAAAUCCAUGCUGGUGAAAAACCUUACGCGUGUGACAUUUGCUCAAAGACAUUUUCUCAUUCUUCUAACUUCAAGAAACAUAUGAGCAUCCACACAGGCGCUGGUGCCUACUCGUGUGAAUGCUGUUCAGAAUCAUUUCAUUCUGCUUCAAUUUUAAAUGACCAUUUGAAAAUCCAUGCUGGUGAAAAACCUUACGCGUGUGACAUUUGCUCAAAGACAUUUUCUCAUUCUUCUAACUUCAAGAAACAUAUGAGCAUCCACACAGGCGCUGGUGCCUACUCGUGUGAAUGCUGUUCAGAAUCAUUUCAUUCUGCUUCAAUUUUAAACGACCAUUUGAAAAUCCAUGCUGGGGAAAAAUCCAUUUCGUGCGAGUUUAGCCCGAAAACAUUUUUUGAUGCAUCAAAUUCAAAACCACGUUUGAAGAUCCUUCCUGGUGAAAAACCAUACGCGUGUGAAUACUGUUCGAAGGCAUUUUCUCGCAAUUGUGAUUUGAAGAACCAUUUGAAAGUACAUACUGGUAAAAAAACUGGUGUUUUAGACUUGAAGAAGCAGGUGGUUGCCGACGCUGAGGAAAAACCACAACCACUUGAUGCCUGCUCGGUUUCAGACUUAGAGGCUCUUGAAAGAGACCAUACGGAUGAUAAACAAUUUUCAGAGGCAUUUUCCACGGCUGCACACUUAAGGGAUCAUUUGCGAGUUCAUAUUGGUGAAAAUUCCAUUUCGUGCCAGUUUUGUUCAAAGACAUUUUCGUGCAACUCGGAUUUGAAGAGACAUAUGAGACUCCAUGACGACGUGGAGCCCCAUUGUUGUGAACUUUGUUCCAAGGCGUUUUCUGACAUAUCUGAUUUAAAGAUGCACGUGAGGGUUCAUACUGGCGAAAAGCCCCACUCGUGUGACUAUUGCUCCAAGACGUUUGCCGACUCUUCAAGCUUAAAGAAACAUUUGAGAGUUCAUACUGGUGAAAAGCCCCACUCGUGUGACUAUUGUUCAAAAGCAUUCGCUCAAUCUUCAAACUUAAAUAAACAUUUGAGGGUUCAUACUGGUAAAAAACCCCACUCGUGUGAUUAUUGUUCAAAAGCAUUCACUCUAUCUUCAAGCUUAAAGACACAUUUGAGCGUUCAUACUGGUGAAAAGCACCACUCGUGUGAAUAUUGCUUCAAGACGUUUGCCGACUCUUCAAGCUUAAAGAAACAUUUGAGAGUUCAUACUGGUGAAAAGCCCCACUCGUGUGACUAUUGUUCAAAAACAUUCGCUCAAUCUUCAAACUUAAAUAUACAUUUGAGGGUUCAUACUGGUGAAAAGCCCCACUUGUGUGACUAUUGUUCAAAAACAUUCACUCGAUCUUCAAGCUUAAAGAAACAUUUGAGAGUUCAUACUGGUGAAAUGCCCCACUCGUGUGACUAUUGUUCAAAAACAUUCACUCAAUCUUCAAGCUUAAAUAAACAUUUGAAGGUUCAUACUGGCGAAAAGCCCCACUCAUGUGACUAUUGUUCAAAAACAUUCGCUCAGUCUUCAGACUUAAAGAAACAUUUGAGCGUUCAUACUGGUGAAAAGUCCCACUCGUGUGAAUAUUGCUUCAAGAAGUUUGCUGACGCUUCAAGCUUAAAGAAACAUUUGAGAGUUCAUACUGGUGAAAAGCCCCACUCGUGUGAAUAUUGUUCAAAAACAUUCGCUCAAUCUUCAAACUUGAUUAAACAUUUGAGGGUUCAUACUGGUGAAAAGCCCCACUCGUGUGGUUAUUGUUCCAAGACGUUUGCUGUCUCUUCAAGCUUAAAGAAACAUUUGAUAGUUCAUUCUGGUGAAAAGCCCCACUCAUGUGAUUAUUGCUUCAAGACGUUUGCAGACUCUUCAAACUUAAAGAAACAUUUGAUAGUUCAUACUGGUGAAAAGCCCCACUCGUGUUACUAUUGUUCAAAAACAUUCACUCAAUCUUCAAGCUUAAAUAAACAUUUGAAGGUUCAUACUGGUGAAAAGCCCCACUCGUGUGAACAUUGCUCCAAGACGUUUGCUGACCCUUCAAGCUUAAAGACACAUUUGAGAGUUCAUACUGGGGAAAAGCCCCACUCGUGUGACUAUUGUUCAAAAACAUUCGCUCAGUAUUCAAACUUAAAGAAACAUUUGAUAGUUCAUACUGGUGAAAAGCCCCACUCGUGUGGUUAUUGUUCCAAGACGUUUGCUGUCUCUUCAAGCUUAAAGAGACAUUUGAGAGUUCAUACUGGUGAAAAGCCCCAUUCGUGUGACUAUUGUUCAAAAACAUUCGCUCAAUCUUCAAACUUGAAUAAACAUUUAAGGGUUCAUACUGGUGAAAAGCCCCACUCGUGUGGUUAUUGUUCCAAGACGUUUGCUGUCUCUUCAAGCUUAAAGAAACAUUUGAUAGUUCAUUCUGGUGAAAAGCCCCACUCAUGUGAUUAUUGUUCCAAGACGUUUGCUGACUCUUCAAACUUAAAGAAACAUUUGAUAGUUCAUACUGGUGAAAAGCGCCACUCGUGCUUAAAGAAACAUUUGAGCGUUCAUACAGGUGAAAAGCCACACUCGUGUGAAUAUUGCUCCAAGACGUUUACUGACGCUUCAAGCUUAAAGAAACAUUUGAGAGUUCAUACUGGUCAAAAGCCCCACUCGUGUGACUAUUGUUCAAAAACAUUCGCUCAAUCUUCAAACUUGAAUAAACAUUGGAGGGUUCAUACUGGUGAAAAGCACCACUCGUGUGACUAUUGUUCAAAAACAUUCGCUCAAUCUUCAAACUUGAAUGAACAUUUGAAGGUUCAUACUGGCGAAAAGCCCCACUCGUGUGACUAUUGUUCAAAAACAUUCGCUCAGUCUUCAGGCUUAAAGACACAUUUGAGCGUUCAUACUGGUGAAAAGUCCCACUCGUGUGAAUAUUGCUUCAAGAAGUUUGCUGACGCUUCAAGCUUAAAGAAACAUUUGAGAGUUCAUACUGGUGAAAAGCCCCACUCGUGUGACUACUGUUCGAAAACAUUCGCUCAAUCUUCAAACUUGAAUAAACAUUUGAGGGUUUAUACUGGUGAAAAGCCCCACUCGUGUGGUUAUUGUUCCAAGACCUUAAAUAAACAUUUGAUAGUUCAUACUGGUGAAAAGCCCCACUCGUGUGACUAUUGUUUAAAAACACUCACUCAAUCUUCAAGCUUAAAUAAACAUUUGAAGGUUUAUACUGGCGAAAAGCCCCGCUCGUGUGAAUAUUGCUCCAAGACGUUUGCUGACCCUUCAAGCUUAAAGAAACAUUUGAGAGUUCAUACUGGGGAAAAGCCCCACUCGUGUGACUAUUGUUCAAAAACAUUCGCUCAAUCUUCAAACUUGAAUAAACAUUUAAGGGUUCAUACUGGUGAAAAGCCCCACUCGUGUGGUUAUUGUUCCAAGACGUUUGCUGUCUCUUCAAGCUUAAAGAGACAUUUGAGAGUUCAUACUGGUGAAAAGCCCCAUUCGUGUGACUAUUGUUCAAAAACAUUCGCUCAAUCUUCAAACUUGAAUAAACAUUUAAGGGUUCAUACUGGUGAAAAGCCCCACUCGUGUGGUUAUUGUUCCAAGACGUUUGCUGUCUCUUCAAGCUUAAAGAGACAUUUGAGAGUUCAUACUGGUGAAAAGCCCCAUUCGUGUGACUAUUGUUCAAAAACAUUCGCUCAAUCUUCAAACUUGAAUAAACAUUUAAGGGUUCAUACUGGUGAAAAGCCCCACUCGUGUGGUUAUUGUUCCAAGACGUUUGCUGUCUCUUCAAGCUUAAAGAAACAUUUGAUAGUUCAUUCUGGUGAAAAGCCCCACUCAUGUGAUUAUUGUUCCAAGACGUUUGCAGACUCUUCAAACUUAAAGAAACAUUUGAUAGUUCAUACUGGUGAAAAGCCCCACUCGUGUAACUUUGUUCAAAAACAUUCACUCAAUCUUCAAGCUUAAAUAAACAUUUGAAGGUUCAUACUGGCGAAAAGCCCCGCUCGUGUGAUUAUUGCUCCAAGACGUUUGCUGACCCUUCAAGCUUAAAGAAACAUUUGAGAGUUCAUACUGGU